GUCUUAUAAGAAAUUUUAAAUCAAUUUGAUAUGAACUGCAAGGUAAGGGAAAAUGCUCUGCUUCCAAGAUUACAUUGUAUAGUUGAUGCAAAAGAUACUAACAAUGAUACAAGUUUACAUAUCCAAAAUUCAUCUGAAAAAGUAAUUAGUAAUGAAUUGCAAAUAGAUAUGCAGUCAGUCAAUAAAUUUGAAAAUGAGCUGGAUGUUGCAGGACUUUUUGUAGAUAAUAAAAAAGGACAGUGUAAAGAAGCUGUUGGUCAUCAAUUAAGAUUUAAAAUUCACAGUGAAAGUAAUAAAGAUAAUGAUACUAAUGCUUCAAUUCAAUCAGAAUAUGAUGCAAGUAUAGAUGAAAAAUUACCAGAAACAGUGACAUUACUCACUACACCGGAAGGAGGAAAACUUUAUCUAGUAGGCACAGCACAUUUUAGUGUUAAAAGUCAAAAUGAUGUUGCAAUGAUCAUUCAGGCUGUACAGCCUCAUAUAGUUGCAGUUGAGUUAUGUGAAGCUAGAAUUAACAUCAUAAACAUUACUGAGGAAGCUAUAUAUCAUAAUACAAAAGAGUUAGAUAUCAGUAGAUUAAUUGAAAUAUUGAAAUGUUAUGGAGUUUAUUAUGGAUUGUUACACAUUGUAUUAUACCGCAUGAUGGCUCGUCUUGUCAAGGAAUUUGGAAUGCCACCAGGUGGUGAAUUUCGUACAGCAUUUAAAGAGGCAAAAAAAAUACCAAAUUGCAUUAUACAAUUAGCUGAUCGUUCAAUUAAUGUGACAUUCUUACGUGCAUUGAGACAAUUAUCAUGGUGGGAAAUUAUAAAACUUAUAUGGUUAAUUAUACAGUCAGACUCCUGCAUCAGUAUACAAGAUAUAGAGCACUAUAAACAAAAGUGUGUAUUAAAGCAAAUGAUUUUAUCAUUGAAAGAAAAGUAUCCAGCAAUAGAGAAAACAUUUAUCACAGAAAGAGACAUAUAUCUUACAUACCAUCUUCAGGAGGCCAUUGCAGCUCAACUUACUUCAAAACAGUCACCAAGAGUCGUAGCAGUUGUUGGCAUAGGACAUACUGAUGGAAUUAUUAAGAACUGGGGAAAAGUGGAAGCUUCUGAUAUAUUGCCUAUUAUGUGGGUGCCUCCCGAACGUUUAUCAAGCAAGAUAUUUGCAUAUGCAAUUAGAGCUUCUUUUUGGGGAGCUACAAUUUAUGUGGGAUAUAAAAUUAUCCCACUACCUUCUACUAAUGUACUGAAAUCAAUCAGAGCGUCGAUUGCGCGACUAUUAUAGGCCAGUGU